UUUACUGGUGAACGUGCGCGUGGGUAUCUCACCUGGAGUCGGGAGUUUUUAAUGAAUAUUUUAAUUCUAAAGUAAUGGACGAGGAGCAUACGGCGGGCUACAGGGAGCCGUGUGCGCAGUGCUCCGAGGUGAGCUGGGGCAUCACGGAGGAGGGACGCUUCUACUGCCGCUCCUGCCACAACGUGAUCGAGAGAACCCAGGAUGUGGUGGAUACGUCUUUUGUGACCAACAGCCAGGUCUCCUCCAUCUCCCGUGCCUCUCAGAAGAAGGCUAAGUCAGAGCGUGGGCGGGAGUGGCUGGUGUGUGAGGGCUUCCAGUUCGUCCUCCAGCACCAGGCCGACGCCCUCCUGGAUAUGGGAGUCUGUCCGCAGUUCAAGGAUGAAGUCUUGUGCAACUUGUGGAGGAGGUAUCUCCAGAAGAGUCAGCAGGCCUACACUCGCACCCCAGUGCAUGCUGCCAGAUUCCAGCUGUCCCGACAGGCCUCCGAGUCGGAGGACAGCGCUCCGGAGUCGCUGGGCCUGAGCGAGGUUUCGUGGCCGCCGGAGAGUGAAACGGAGACAGAGAAGGCCAGCUCCGCCUCAGCAGGGCGAUCCAGUGACGGGGCCUCUUCAGCAUGCUCCGGCUCUCUGGACGGCGCCUCCUACAGCUCCACCCAGAAGGGGCGGAGCUCGAUGCUGAUGACCAUGCCCAUGACGCUGGCCCUCUGCCACCUGGGGCUGCUGUGGGUGCGAGAGGCGCUGACGCUGGCCGACCUGCGCAGGUUUGCAGCUGAGGGUCACCUGCCCUACGUCAACGCCUACCAGGACUUUCCUGAGGAGAUGCGGCUUUAUGGGAGAGAUACACGGAUCUUCAGGGUGGAUUCUGUUCCCUCCUACGAGCAGAUCCAGAGGGACUCCCACAGGCUGGCGAGGUUCCUGGACCUUCCCCGGUUCCCCCCCAUCACCCGGGACUGCCUGCUCCACCCCUCCCUGCUCUGCCUCAAGUACCUGACCGAGGCCAACCUCCCAGACGAGCUGCACGGCUGGGUCAGCAGGCUGGUGAGGCAGUCUGGGAUUGGAAAGGAGGGCCACCUGACCUUUGACCCCGUGAAGGGGAGCGCCCAACUGGUCUGCUACGACGUCCAGGCCGUGGCACUCAUCAUCGUGACGAUGAAGCUGCUGUUCGGGCUGAACGACCGGACGGAGUGGACGUUAUCCAAUAAAGCUAAUGAAGAGAACAAGAAAAGCCAAGGUAGAGAAUGCUCGGCAGAGACCUCAUCAGCGGACCAGAGCUUCAGCUUGCGAAGGUGGUACAGGACGGUCCAGCGAGUGCUGGAGGCAGCUAGGAGGGGAGAGGAGCGGGACUGGGCCAGGAAGUCCUGGAAGUCCCACAAACCCCUGUAUCCCUCCAAAAAGGAUAAGUCUGUCUUCAUCAAGCGAAGGCGUGUGGUGGAACAGCUGCAAAUGAACUUCCAGAGGCUGUCUGGCCCCGCCCCCCAGCCGCAGAGACCCGCCCCCUCCAGCUUCCGUUUCCAGUGGGGUGAGGAGGGCGGGGACGGACCCAGCUUCCACCGUCAGAGCCUGGCCUGUGUCCUGAAGGAGAAGGGGAGCUCCACACGCCCCUUCAGCAUUCGGUACUGGCACACUGCCCUGCGACGCUGCGAUCCCAGGCAAUGCAAGGACCACUUCCCCGAGGUGGAGCCGACUCUCCCCAGGACGUACGUGUGGCUGCUGGACCUGUUCUCCUUCCUGCUGGGGGUGAAGCCUUCCCUGGUGCAUGCGGAGGUCUGUCACCUGGAGCGCCGGCUGGUCAAGGACAGGACCUUCCCCCGCCCCCGGAAACCAGGGAGGAAGAAAAGGACCAAGCGGACGCGGCGGGAGGCGUCUCCCAGAGAGACCGUCAGCGCCUGAUUCGUGCAGGAAAGGUGCGGGCGGACUUGCUGGCUCGUGUCUGCUGCGCUGCGUCACUCUGUGGCUGACCGCGUUUGGCCUUCACCUCAGGGCUGUCCCACCGACCACACUGUUCGCCGCUCCUCUGGUGUACAUAUGCCUUUUAUAUUGAUGUACAA